CCCGUUGACAAACUAUCGCGAAGCAAUCACAAUGGUUAAACCAAUUAUCGCCCCAUCUAUCUUAGCUGCCGAUUUCGCCAACUUAGGCUGCAAUUGUAAGAAAGUCGUUGAUACCGGAGAUGUCGAUUGGUUACAUAUUGAUGUCAUGGAUGGACAUUUUGUCCCAAACAUUUCUCUUGGUUCUCCUGUCAUCACUUCGUUAAGAAAAGCAUUCCCUCGUGAUGAUGCCAAACCAAUUGUCUUUGAUUGUCACAUGAUGGUUUCUGAACCUGAACAAUGGAUUGCCGAUAUCGCCAAGGCUGGUGGUGAUCUGUAUACCUUCCAUUUCGAAGCUACUAAAGAUCCUGCCAAGGUCAUCAAGAAGAUCAAAGAACAUGGUUUAAAGGCAGCAAUGGCUGUUAAGCCAGGUACUCCUGUUGAAGAGGUUUACCCAUAUGCUGCUGACUUAGAUAUGGUUUUGGUCAUGACGGUUGAACCGGGAUUUGGUGGUCAAAAGUUCAUGCCGGAUAUGAUGGAAAAGGUUGAGAAGUUAAGAGCUAAAUAUCCAAACUUGGAUGUCCAAGUUGACGGUGGAUUAGCCAAAGAUACCAUUGAACCAGCCGCUAAAGCUGGUGCUAAUGUCAUCGUCGCUGGUACUUCUGUCUUCAAGCCAGAAGAUCCAAAAGAAGUAACAUCAUUCUUGAAGGAUGCUGUUACUAAAGAAAUUGCAGCAAGAGCUUCUGCUACUUCUUAGUAGUCAUUAUAUAACUAUUGUAUUAAAAACUUAAUAUAAAAAUAUAGAUAACCAAAGCCUAAUGUACAAAAAUGCAAUGUAAUAAUUUCCUUAAAAACUUUGAACUCCCAAAGUGGUACCUUCGGCAUCAGCCACAACAGAGUAACCAUUCUUGGAGUGGUUUUCAAUAACACUCCAUAAAGCCUUCUUGAUUUGAUCCAACUUACUUUGUUUUUCUUCAACGGUUUCAUUAUCGAUUUCCAUGGUCACAUCGUCACUCUUGGUCUUGAUGUUAGCAGCAAAAUAUUUUUGGUUUCUAGCGAUCUUCUUAGCUCUCUUCUUGGAUAAGGUGACAUUAGUCAUAGUGUUUACUGGACCUGGAGUUUCACCAGUAUAUAAUGCAAGGGCAACGGAAUCAGUUGGUCUUGGUGCAGUAGUAGCUUUAUCAGCGUAUCUUCCAAGUGAUGAUCUGGUAGAUGCAUUAGAACGAGCGCGAGCAGCUCUUUUGCUUCCUAAAUGUUUAGCAUGACUGUUUGCAUUCAACUUGAUCUUUGGUUUAUUUAUAUUGUUCUUUCCGGCCAUUAUUGUUGUAUAUUGAAAAUGUUUAUGUAUGAUAUUGAAUUUUCACAAACUCAAAAAUAU